AUGGGAAAGGGCGACUCGAUCAUCGUCGCUGUCCGGGUUCGCCCAUUCAAUGAUCGGGAGACUAAACGAAACUGCAAACUAGUGAUCGAAAUGCCAGAUGAGGAAACUACUGUAAUCCGUGACCCAAAAACCAACGAGGAGAAAAGGUUUACCUAUGAUCACUCCUACUGGUCGCAUGAUGGAUUUUCAGAGAAGAAAAAUGGAUAUUUUGAACCAGAAAAUGCACAUUAUGCGGAUCAGAAAAGAGUGUUCGAGGAUCUUGGCCGUGGAGUGUUGGCUAAUGCUUGGGCUGGAUACAAUUGCUCACUUUUUGCAUAUGGACAGACUGGAAGUGGAAAAUCCUAUUCGAUUGUUGGAUUUAAAAAUAACAAAGGAAUUGUCCCAAUCGUGUGCGAGGAACUAUUCAAACAAAUCGCUGACAAUAAAAAGAAAAAUAUGCAAUUCGAGGUAUUUGUGUCAAUGAUGGAGAUUUAUUGCGAAAAGGUUCGGGAUUUGCUGACAUCUACACCGCCGCCAAAGGGAGGUCUGAAAGUCAGGGAGCACCCGAAAAAUGGGUUCUACGUUGAGAAUUUGACUACAGUACCCGUGAAUAGUUUCAAGGAGAUUGAGGCGAAAAUUGAGGAGGGAACGAAGCAGAGAACGAUUGCUGCUACACAGAUGAAUGCGACGAGUAGUAGAGCUCAUACUAUUGUCAAGAUCACAUUCAAUCAGAAAUCUAGCAAACAAGCCGGUGGGACGUCAAUGAAGAAAAGUGAAAUCAAUCUGGUAGAUUUGGCGGGAAGCGAACGCCAAUCAGCCGCCGGAACCGAAGGGGAUCGUCUGAAAGAGGGAAUCGUUAUCAAUCAAUCUUUAACAACCCUUGGCAGGGUAAUCAAAGCACUUCACGAUUCUCAAAAAGCGAAAGGAGGAAAGAAAAUGCAAAUCCCAUAUCGAGACUCGGUGUUAACUUGUCUGCUGAAGAAUGCAUUGGGUGGGAACAGUAAGACAAUAAUGAUUGCCGCCAUUUCUCCAGCAGACAUUAAUUUCGAGGAGACCUUGUCCACGUUGAGAUUCGCCGACCGCGCCAAAUCCAUCAAAACCAACGCAGUGGUCAACGAGAAUCAAACCGAACGUGCUCUUCGAGAACUUCGCGAAGAAAAUCUCCGUCUUCAAAGCCAGAUUCAAGGGGGCGGAGCCACGGGAGACGCCAGCAACGAAGAAAUCGAAAAGCUUCGACGGCAACUAGCGGAGAAUCAAAAGGAAAUGGAAGAAAUGGAAAAGAGUUGGCAACAGAAAAUCGCCGAGGAAGCUGCGAAACACGCUGGCGGUGCCAGUGAGAAGGCUGAAAUGGAAGCGAAGAAACGGAAAAUGUGUCAUCUUUGGAAUCUGAACGAGGAUCCGGCGCUGACGAAUGUGAUUGUGCAUUUCAUACCAGUUGGGGAGACAGUGGUGGGGAAUAAGCCAACAAGUUCUGGGAAUUUCAUUCAAAUGAGUGGUUUGUCGAUUUUACAACAACAUGUGGUUUUGAAGAAUGAUGGGAAUAAUCAAGUCACUUUGAAUCCAUGCUCAGAGGAUCUCGACAUUUUCAUCAACGGAAAACCGGUGCACGGCGAGACGCAACUCCAACAAAACGAUCGUGUAUUUUUUGGUGGAAACCAUUUGUAUGUGUUCAAUAAUCCCACGAAAAAAGGCAUCAAAACCGAUAUCACCUAUGAUACGGCACAGGCGGAAAUUGCCCAGAAUCAUGCGGCGGCUCUGGGGAACAGAGGAAUUGGAGGAGGUUCGAAGAGAGACUUAAUCCUUGAAGAAGAGCUAAUGUCCACUCUACCAUUGGUUCAACGCGCAAAUGCAAUGGCUACCGAGUUGGGACGAAAUGUGAAAUUCGAAAUCGUUUUGGUGUCACCCGAGAUGCGCGGACUGACGAGUGGACUCACAGAGAUCUGGAUAAAAGUGCACAACAUCUCAGAAGACACAUAUUUCCUCUGGGAAAAAUCGAGGUUUAUGAAUCGAUACUACGGAAUGCAAGAAAUGUAUGAAGCGAAACAAGAUGGAUCGGAUGGUUGGAAUAUGCCAAAAGAGAGAGAUCCGUUUUACGAGCCCCCGGAUUCUCCAGUUUUCAUCGCCUCGUCUGUGGUCUUUCUGCAAAGUUUAGCGUAUUUGAUUGAUGUUGAGGAGCAGUUUCCGAUUGUGGAUUUGUCAGGCCAAGAAAUCGGACUUCUAACAGUUGGUCUCUCUCCAUGCUCGACAACUGGAAAAGAGCUACGAGGUGAAUAUGUGGAGAAUCCAUCACAACUAAUUGGCAAGAAUAUUGCAUUCAAGGUGAAAGUGAUCUCCGCAGUUGGACUCCCCAGACGAAUCUUAAAGUCUAAUUGCAAAUACCGAUUUUUUGGAUCAAAGAAAAUGACAACGACGCCAACGGUGUCUGGGAAUACCCCCAGUUAUGGGCACGAGGAGACAUUCCAGUUUAAGCCAGUUACCAAAGAAUUUGCCGAUUAUUUGGCGAAUUCCAAUUUGUAUAUUACGUUUUGGGGAACACAACGACCAAGAGGAGCGAAUAGUCGAAGGAAUAGUGUGUCAACUAUUGGGAGUGGUGGAGCCAGAGAAGGUCCUAAUAGGACGGUAAGGGGUGCCGUAAAACCUCGUCGCGUCGAGAAGCUUGUCCAAAACGCGAAAUCCGCCGAAAAUCGCAACAUCUCCGUGAAGGCGUUGGAGACCGUACUCAAAGGUGUUGAUGACAAUGAGAAUAGAAAGACACGCAAACAGUCGAUGAAGAAGGCCAGUUCGACGACAGCCAUCAAAAGUCGAAGUGGAUCGAAGAAACCAAAAGCGAAGUGA